UUUCGUGUUGAGACUCUGAGGUGGGAGUAUGGGCUGCAUUUGCUCUAAGGGAAUUCCAGCAAACGAUUAUUUUACUGAGAAUCAUUCCAAAGAGAGGCAUUUGAAGUCUAAUAGAUCAUCCAGACUUCUUGGGGCUUCAUUGAGAAAAGAAGAACCUGCAUUGCACGUUGAUGGAGGGCGAAGUGAUGCAAUGGCGCUAUUGAUAUCUAACCAACCUGGGGAAGUUAAUGCUGGAUCAACACCUGAAUUGGAUGACGCUGAGAAGGCAGCAGCCAGUGCCGAGCCACUGCGUCAAGAACAGCCAACUAUGGAGGAUGGAGCAAAGAGAGUAGGAGUACAUAAUGAUAAUGCAACACCUAGAAUAGUUAAUGUUGUUAAUGUGGAAGAGGGGGCUUUGGUUAUUGCUGGAUGGCCUUCUUGGUUGAUAUCUGUGGCUGGAGAAGCAAUCAAUGGAUUGAUUCCUAGAAAGGCAGAGUCUUUUCAGAAGUUGGAUAAGAUUGGGCAAGGAACGUACAGCAGUGUGUACAGGGCCCGCGAUAUUGAAACAAACAAGAUUGUUGCAUUGAAGAAGGUGCGAUUUUCUAACAUGGAUCCUGAAAGCGUUCGUUUCAUGGCCAGGGAAAUUCUUAUCUUGCGAAGGCUUGACCACCCCAAUGUCAUGAAGCUUGAAGGUCUUAUUACUUCAAGGGUAUCGGGCAGUUUAUACCUCAUAUUUGAGUACAUGGAACAUGAUCUUGCAGGGUUGGCAGCAACCCCAGGGAUCAAGUUCACUGAAGCACAGAUUAAAUGCUAUAUGCAACAGCUGCUUUGUGGCCUUGAACAUUGCCAUGCCCAAGGUGUUUUGCACCGUGACAUCAAGGGCUCAAAUCUUCUGAUUGACAAUAAUGGUAACCUAAAGAUAGGUGAUUUUGGGCUAUCAACCUUUUUCCAUCCCGUCAAAAAGCAGGCUCUUACAAGUCGUGAGGUAACUUUGUGGUAUCGGCCACCUGAGCUUUUACUUGGUGCAAAGGACUAUGAAGUUUCUGUUGAUUUGUGGAGUUCUGGUUGCAUUCUUGCAGAACUGUAUGCUGGGAAGCCUAUCAUGCCUGGAAGAACAGAGGUGGAGCAACUACAUAAGAUCUUCAAACUCUGUGGCUCCCCGUCUGAAGAAUACUGGAAAAAGUCAAGAUUACCUCAUGCCACCAUCUUUAAACCUCAACAUCCUUACAAACGGUGUGUUGCUGAGACAUUCAAAGACUUCCCUUCCUCUGCAUUGGCCCUUUUGGAUGUGCUACUUGCGGUGGAACCUGAUGGCCGUGGAACAGCUUCCUCUGCCCUUCAAAGUCAGUUCAUUACCACCAAACCGCUUCCCUCGGAUCCCUCUACUUUGCCAAAGUACCCACCAAGCAAGGAGUUUGACGUGAACCUCCGAGACGAGGAAUCUCGAAGAAGAAGAGCUCCUAUCAGUGUAGCACCUGAACAUGAAGCAGCUCAAAAGUGUCCCAGAGAAUCAAAAGCGAUUCCUGCACCAGAUGCAAAUGCUGAAUUGCAGGCAUCCAUACAGAAGAACAAAGGCAGCAUAAUCCCACAAGUUUCAGUGAAAGGUAUAUUCCUGAAGAGGAUGGUGGCUCUGGCUUUCGCAUUGAACCCCCAAAAGAAGCAACGCAAAUGGCGUCGACUGCAUCGGGUUCUUCACAAAACAUGAACGGGAAUCAGCGUGAUAAUCUAAGAGGUUUUUCAGUUGGAGCCAAAGGUGCAGAACUUGGAAAACAAAGAUCUUAUGUGCAGCAUGGUGGUGUAAAGUUGUCCAGGUAUUCCAGUUCCAUUGCAGUUCGAGGUGGUUCACGAUUCGGCUGUGGGCCAGAAGAGUGUUUUAAUGUGUCAUAUAACCAUUUGAAUGGCGGUGAAUCUUCAGAAAAGCAUGUAUGGUCUCACCAUUUACUAGACACACCAAAAUCUUCAUUCAAGAUAGAUGAUCAAUCAUCUG